CUCACCCAGAAGUUCUGUGCGUCCAUGAAUCCACGUAAGUCCACCUACUCUGUUACCUUUCAUGUUACCUUUCUGAAUUAUCUGUGGCGAUCGGGAGAGUGGGCCAUUCAGUUACUGUUAAUAGUUAUCACCGCGGAGCGCGGCUUGGAGCGCAAGCUUCAAACAUAUUGUGUAAUGUGAAUUGUCAAUGAUCACGGCUCUACAGAUCCUCAUAGGCCAAUUACACAAUCGAUAUGGUUCAUGUGUAUUGAAAUUAAUGAUAUGUACACAUGAAGACUGUUGAAAGCGUGAAAUGAGAAACGUCAUUGUUUGCUAACUGAUUGACUUUGAUCAUGGGGAUUAUCGAUUGUAUAACCAUUCACUGUUUGUAUUCUCAUGAUUUAUGAUAAAUAGUUGUGAGCCUAAAUGACUCACGGAUGAUUACUAUUGACUUCUUAAUGAACUGGACUGUUGAAUUCCCUAAUUUAUGUUAAUAAUGACUGAUAUGAUUUGAUCUUUGAUUAUGAAUUUGAUUGUAUACAUGUUAUUUGUUUCCUUUGUGAUGCAGCACAGACUACCCAGUAAAUAUACCACUUUAUGGUUAAAGGAAUUCCUGCCUCAGUCUCAUACAUUCCUCUGUCACCUGACACGUGACCACCUGUUCACCUUCAUUGUCAGUCAUCCUACCUGUCCAGCUACCCACACAGAUUCCACUAAUCUUUCAAUGGUCCUUCGAGCCGGAUUUGAACCAGCGACCAGGCCCUGAAGGCGAGAUAUGGUGAGCCACGUCAGCUGGUCCAGAAUGAACUAAACAACAUCCUGAACACGUCUCCAAUUAAAAUGGGAGACCAUGCUGCCUUCCAAGAAUUCUCCCUGGCUGUCCAAUCCCUGACCUCGAUGCUCCAAUCCGUUGAAGGAGAAGACGGGAACGAGCUUAAAUGUGGCUCCCACGUGGACAGGCUUCUUAGCAAACUUCCAGUGUACCUCAGAGACAGUUUCAUUGAAUAUUGUUUGAAUAAGGGCAUCCUGAAAGAGGGCUCGAGAAGCACCUAUGCUCUCAGAGACCUGGCCGCAUGGUUGGAGGUGAAGGCAAAGGCGAAGAGCAUCGCUCACCAGGCCACAAUCUCCGCCAUAGCCACAGGGAGGAAGGAGUUUGAACGCCAGCAGGGACAGAAAAGUCCAAAUCCCACUACCAUGUACUUAAAUAGUGAGGCCGGGGAGGAACCCAGGAAGAAGACCCCUCUCAAGAGCAAGAACAUCAAAUUCCAGCCUUACUGCCCAUAUUGCAAUAGUAAGGGGCACUUCCUUGGCUCAUGCCCCAGGGUUAAAAAGCUCACUCAAACUCAAUUGAAGGCCUGGAUCACUUCAGGCGAGCGAUGCUACAAGUGUACCCGUAGUCAUAAGGCGGAGACCUGCACAUUGAGGAAACCCUGCAACCGCUGUAAAGAAAUCCAUCUCACCGUGUUGCAUAAUGUAAUUCCCCAAGCACAGAAGGAGCAGAGUAUGCUCAUGGUAGGAGCUGCAAAGGAGCUGUAUCUCGACCAGCAGAACCGGUCUCCAAGGGUCAUGUUGAAGGUGGUCAAGGUCACUCUGCAAAGUGAAGGGAGAAGCAUUGAUACAUUCGCCGUUCUAGAUGAUGGGUCAGAAAGAACAAUCAUUCUCACAGCGGCCACCCGUCAGCUUAACCUGGAAGGGACCCCCGAGACCCUUAAUCUCAGAACGGUGCGACAUGAUGUUAUCCAAAUGAAAGGCUCUGCUGUAACCUUUAGCAUUUCACCUUCAGGAAACAGGGACGUGGCCUAUAACAUCACCAAUGCCUUCACGGCAGAUGGCUUGAAUCUCGCAGAGCACUCCUGCCCGGUAAGUGUUCUACAGAAACAAUAUCCUCAUCUACGAGGAUUGCCUCUUCCUAACCUGGCCAGAGUAGCACCACUUAUCCUGAUUGGGUCAGACCACCCACAUCUCGUCACCCCGACUGAGCCUAUACGAGCUGGACCAGAAGGAGGACCCAUUGCUGUCCAUACAUCCUUGGGUUGGGCUGUGCAAGGUCCAUCCCAUCUACUUCUCUCCACCCAAGCUGUACAGUCACAGCAAGUCCUCUUCACCAGAAGCAAUCCAGAUGCAGCCACUGACCUCCUUCGGAAUGUUGAGAUGCUCUGGAAGAUGGACACCUUCUCCAACCGGAAGUUACAGGAGGUCACUCGCUCGAAAAAUGACUCCUAUGCAUUAGACCUCCUGGAGAAGAGCACCACCACCACUGAAAUGGAUGGCGUUCGCAGGUAUGCAACCCCACUGCUACGGGUGCCCAACCAUCCUCCUCUGGCAACCACAACACGGGCCAAAGUCUUAGUCCAGGACCUGUGGCAGACCAAGAGGGACUGGGAUGAACCAAUCCACCCGGAUGACCUAGUGGAACGAUGGAUCUGUUGGGAAACUGAGUUAACGGAGCUCUCUGAUGUCCAAAUGCCAAGAUGUUAUGUACCAUCCUGUGCUGACCAACUGGGAUCAUGCCUGGAACUGCAUGUGUUCUGUGACGCUUCGGAGCGAGCCUAUGGGGCGGUUUCCUAUCUUAGAGUGGAGGAUAAGGCAGGCCACACCCAUGUCUCCUUUCUCAUGGCCAGGUCCAGGGUCGCACCCAAGAAGCAGUUGUCAAUGCCUAGGCUGGAACUCAGUGCUGCCCUUUCCGGAGCCCAGUUGGCCUCUACCUUGCGAGCCGAGCCCACCUUGCCAAUCCAACGGGUCAUCUACUGGAGUGAUUCGAACACUGUAUUGACCUGGCUCAAGUCGGAGUCCUGCAGGUAUAAGGUGUUUGUCGGAACUCGCAUCGCGGAAAUCCAAGACCUAACAGAAGUCCAGGACUGGAGGUAUGUGGAAAGCAUAAACAAUCCUGCUGAUGACAUUACUAGAGGUAAAACCCUUAAGGAAUUGGCUAAACCCCAUCGCUGGAGCUUGGGACCACCAUUCUUGUCCCAACCAGAGAAAGAGUGGCCGACAGCCCCCAGGCGUGCGGCCCCUCCGCAACCAACUGAAGCUCAUGAGUUAAGGAAGUCCGCCCAAUGCUACAGCAUUUCUACGGAACCAACAACGGCUCUCCCUGACCUAACACAAUCCCAAACACUGCCGGAUCUGAUCACAGCCACAAACCAGACCUUAGAUGGGGUGGCUUCUAUACCUACCUCCCUCGCGGCAGAGACACUACUCCUCCAGCAAGCACAAGCAGUUAACUUCCCUGAGGAGUUAAAAGCUCUGAAAGCCGGUAGGGAAGUGGCUAAGGACAGCCGUCUUCUCUCUCUUGCCCCAGAAUAUGAUCCAAUCCUUGGAGUGAUCAGAGUCGGAGGGAGGCUGCGCCAAGCAGAGGUUUUGGACCCAGAUGCUAUCCACCCAAUUAUCCUUGACUCCAGACACUCUCUUACCAGGCUCCUCAUCAAGAGUUAUGAUGAGCGGCUUCUCCACACAGGGCCAGAGAGGGUCUAUGGGGAGAUGAGGCGGAAGUACUGGAUAAUUGGAGGACGAGGAGCCAUUCGUAAGCACCAAUACGCCUGCGUAGAAUGUCAGAGAUGGCGGGCCAGAGCUACGGUGCCCAAAAUGGCAGAUUUACCCCCUUCUCGCUUGCGCCUCCUAAAACCACCCUUCUGGUCAACAGGAGUAGAUUGCUUUGGCCCCUUGAUGAUCAAGUUAGGUCGUCGUGUGGAAAAGCGCUGGGGCAUUCUAUUCAAGUGUUUGACAACCAGAUGUGUCCACCUGGACCUACUGGAAAGUUUGGAUACUGAAGCCUUCCUCAUGGCCCUACGGCGGUUUAUCUCCCGACGGGGGAAACCCUACGAGAUUCUGGCUGAUAGAGGUACGAACUUCAAGGCAGGAGAAGCCAGGUUGGAGGAAGCCUUCCAAGCCAUGGAACCCAGCCUCCAGGAUCAGCUGAUGGACCAACAAAUCUCAUUCAAAUUUAACCCUCCAGGCGCUCCUCAUUUUGGAGGAACAUGGGAGCGAGAGAUCAAAUCUGUAAAGACGGCCUUACGAGUCGUACUAGGGGACCAAACUGUCACUGAAACUGUCUUGAGGACCGUCCUGAUAGAGGUGGAAGGGAUUCUGAACUCCAAACCCUUGGGAUAUCUCUCUGCAGACAUCGCUGACCCCGAUCCGGUUACACCGAAUAUGCUCUUGAUGGGACGCCGAGAUGCGUCACUUCCUCAAGCCAUGUAUGCUGAUACCAACCUCGUAGGCAGACGCCGGUGGCGACACAGCCAAAUCUUAGCUGACCAUUUUUGGGCCCGAUUCAUUCGGGAUUACCUACCAAGUCUACAGCACAGAGCGAAAUGGCGGAGAGAAAUGGCCAGCCUGGAAACUGGCCAAGUAGUAAUGAUGGUGGACCCUCAGCUGCCUCGAGCCUCCUGGCCAGUGGGCCGUAUAACUAAGACCAUGCCUGGGAUCGAUGGUCGUGUUAGAUCAGUGGAGAUCCAGGUAAAGAACCGGACCAGUUGCCCGACUGAUUCCUCUCCCUGAGAUGACAGAGGACGGGGAGCAAUGAGCCUUUUUUGAGGAGUGUGGAAUUUAACAAAUUUCCGGGGUGGCUGUAGAAAAGGCCCAUGGAGUUGGUGGAAUACUCCUUUAAUUCAUUGCCAUUUACUCAGCUGGGCCAGGGGCGCUUUAAUUAGGUCAGGUGGAAAUGUCCGACAGAUCUCAACUCCAUAAAAGGAGGAAAUUGCCAUCGCCUGAUCUCGCUGCUUUCUCUUCCUUAACUCCAUCUCACCCAGAAGUUCUGUGCGUCCAUGAAUCCACCACAGACUACCCAGUAAAUAUACCACUUUAUGGUUAAAGGAA